UUUUCCCACUGAACCAACACCAGUUGAAAACGGGAAUUCAGAGCUGACGGGACGCAUCCAGCAUUAGCACCGUGAAUUUUGGGGUUCUCUUGAACUUUUAAACGUGAAAUUUAACAUAAAUAGUUGAUUUAAAGUCAGUUGAAAGUUCCCUAGGGGUGAUUUCUAGGACCAGACUUGUUUCGCUAGAUGCCGGGCUAACGCAUCAAAGUAAGCGCUGGGCUUCGGUUUUGAUUCAAAAUUCCAGCUGGAAUCUGGAUGUUUCUUUCUUCGGGCUACUGUGAUUAGUGGAAGAAGAGCAGCUCAGCAGAAGCCUACCUUACCAGUUACGACGAAUCGAAACAGGAUUUUUUCGGUCAACGUGGGCAGAAACAGAAGGGUGUGAUAGAACAACGAAAAAAGUCGGAUUGAAACCAACAAUUAAGUGUCGUAAUUUGCCAUAUUAUCAUUGUUGACGGGUGGUGGAAAACAAGUAAAAAGAAAAACAGAAAGAGACCGAAACCGGUCAUAAUUGCAGUCUGUGGGAAAGAGACGGACAUUGAAAAUCGUCAACCUGGGGCAACCAGCACGACCAGAAGGUUGCACUUUCUUCCACCUGCGUUGACGUUUUCGAUCGCAUGAAUCAUAAAUAACGAGCUGCCGAGCAUUCGAGGUACACACGCAAAGCUAGUUGCAAUCCACUUUUAGAACUCGCUGAUUUGCAUUUCGACCAAUAGCAGAAGCAUUAUCAAGAUUUGUUUUUGCCGUUUUCAGCGCCUACUUGACACCCAACACAUCUCCCCCGAGUUUUUUCCCCGAAAUCUGGGAAUAACAAACAGUAACCAAAAAAAUUCCAUUCCGUCAUGCCCGGAAGUGGUCCGGUCUAUCAACCGACGACGGUUUCCUAUGAAACGCGGCCGGGAACCGGCGGAGGCGGAAGCAAUGGAAGUGGAUCCGGUGGGGCCGGCGGAGGAUUGUUGGCCCAAACGACGGCUGCCGCCUCGUCGAUGAAGAUGCUCCGGAAACCGGCCGCCCAGUGGUCCGUGCUGGUUCUGGGAUUGAUAUCGCUGGCCGCAGGCAUAACCAUGAUCGCCAGCGGUUCAGCCGACUACUCGGACACCGAGAAACACCCGGAAGCGCACCCGGACGGUGAAGAAUUCCCCCAGGAAGAAAUCGACAUCGGGCUGAUCGUGGCCGGCGUCUUUGUCACCAUCCUCGGGUUCACCUUGCUCGGUCUCUACAUCAAGGUGGCCGACUGGCGCCGGCACUGCGUCUGCCCCUGUGCCCUGUCCAAGAAGAAGAGCCUGGCCCGGCAGCUGCAGGGUAGCAGCGGCGGCCAAAUUCUGGCCCUGAAUCCCAGCACCGAUCCGCUGGUUUCGCACACCCAGUACGCUCCGGUUUCCGAGGUUCCGCAGCGGCAAGAGGACGAAGAACGCCGGAACCUGAUGCCGGACAGCAAGGAUUCCUGUCUGAGCAGUGCCGAAGAGUCGGACCGGAUGUUGGAUCCCGACCCGAGAAUCGUGCUGCGACCGAUUGGAUCCGCUGGGCAUGAGGAUGCCUAGGACGAGGAUGAUGAUGACGAGGACGAUGACGUGUGGUAAGAGCUGGUUUCGAAUGGAUUUGGGAAGGGAAAUGUUCUUGUUUUCGUUAUUUUCCACUGAAGGUGGAAUUCAGAGAAAGAGAGAGCUUUAGAAGCUGUUUUAAAAGAAACCGGAAACCGGAACUGAUGAUUGAGUAGGAUGGUGCGAAACAUCAAUGAUUAGUUUCUAGUACCAAUUUUGAUUUGGUUUUACUACGAGCUAAAAACAUCACAAAGAUUUGAAGAGAUUAUUUUACCGUUGGAAACUAAUUCGACUAACUGCAAGUUGUAUAAAAAUUACAGGAAUCGUUCCUCAAUUUGGGAUAACUUGAAGAUCUGUAAAACAUUAAAUUUAGUAAUACUUUUAACCUUUGAAAAGUGAUUGAAGAAUCAGAAUUUUGCUUUGCGAAGCUUAUUAAAUUUUAUUCCAUUACUAAGCUUCAAAAAAAUCGUAUACAAAAACAACACGUACUUUUAAAAUGUUUCAUCUUUCAUCAUAUCAUUUUGAAAACUAAAACCAACAAAGUUCAUCUUCAACAUUUUCUAAUAUCCUAGACUAUUUUUAAACAGAACAAAAAAAAACAGUAACUUUUGAUUUUACAUCUCUUUUAUAAGAAAGCGAUAAGUAAGAUUGUUUUAAAUCCAUCCGUCCAACUGAAGUAAAGAAAGGUUUAUCAUUUUAUAAGAUUUUUUUCUCAUUAGUUAACACUAUUUGUCGACGCUUUUUGUCAACAGACCAUAGAUAUUUUUGAACAUCACUUGAAAUAUAAUUUUGGUUUUACAAAACGAAACUUAUAUCUUCAAUUGAUUAAAAUUAACAAGUUUAAUUUAUCUAUAACUAUAGAUCCUCAUUUCCUUAUUUAAAAAAAAACUUUUUUUUAUAGAUGUUUUAAUAUGUACUGAUAUUCCAAAUUUGUUUUUCUCUAUCGAAAUUAUUUAGUUUUUAAAUCUCAAUUUCUCUAUCCUUUGAAAUCCAAUAAUAUAGUUCAAUUUUCUAGAAGUUUUUUCUUAGCAUUUAGUAGGUUUACACCUAGUUUAGUAGUUUUAGUUUCAAAUUGAGUCAAGAAGUCUACACAGAAAAUUUUGACCUACCUUUUCUUGAUUUGGCACCUUAAGUUUGAAACUUCAAAAUUAAAUUCGAAACUCUAAUUUCUAGUGGAUUUUGAUCUACGUACUUAUAAACUACAAAUAAAAAGAUACAGUCCAGUAUUCUUUGAAGCGUACUUAAUUUUUUCCUUUUGGAUAUUUUUUUUUCAAAGUCUCAUAAGCUUGAAUUACAAAAUCUGUUAAAAAAACUAUUGUACUUAUCUUUGUAAGGACAGAUUAAGUUAUCUUACAAAAACACAAGAGUUCAAAGCGUGCAAUUAUUAAUAUCAGAUUCCGUUCCACUUUUUAUAUGAAGCUUUUAUGAUACAGAUUUUACUAUAAAUUACUUUAAAUCAAUAACUAACUAGUAAGAGAGACUUAAGUUUUCACGUCCGAUUUGCUAUACUUUUUAGAUUUUACACAUCACAGAUUUUUAUUUUAUUCUUUUUUUGUCUUAUCACUGAUAACAAAUGUGCAACACUAAAACUGUGACAGAUGGAAAUGAAUGGUUUUAUCUCGCUAAAUUUUAAGCAACACAAACUAUAACGCCUUUUUUUCGCUUACAGAAAAUUUUAGAAAUCUCACUACUUAGCGGUGUUAAAAUUCCCCUGUUUUAAUGAGCGAGAGAAAAAUAAAGUGACCAUAUUUGUGCAAAUGUUUCUGAUUAGUGAUGAAGGCUAGUUGUCUGUCUCACUUGUCAGAAACCUUUGUUUCCAAAUAUGACCAAGAGAAAAGCUAAAGUUUUUUCAGAAAAUAACAGGCAGCUGGUUAAAGUUUGAAAAUUUCGAAAAAGGAAAAAUCCCAUAAAACGAAAAAAUUGUAUAAGAAAAGUAUUCGAUAAACUGCUUAGAUAAAAAAUAGAAACAAAAAAAAAGUGUGAAACCCGGGAAUUCUAAACUGAAAAAAAUACACGGUAACAGUUUUUGGGAGGUACCGCCGAUUUAAAAAAAAAAACGAAGAAAAAAAUCAAGUGAAAUAGGGAGUCCGAUUGUUAAUUUAAAAAAAAAAUGAGAAGAACCUGAAAUAAUUCUAAUGUAAAUCG